AUGUCGGAAUCCAGGUCAGUCAGGCGUCGCAACCCUGAGCCUGAGAGUAGCAGGACUCGCAUCCGGGGCUCGAGAUCCGAACCAUCGGUGUUCACUUCACGAAACGCAACAACAUCUACAAACAGAGAGUCGAAACGACUCUUUGAGUACACCGUCCCAUCCAACGCCUGGUUCCUCCCAGUUGUCACACAGACGCUCGUGGUCAGCGCCAAGUUUGCAGUCUCACUUCUGAUCCUGCUGUUGGUCACCAGCCUGUUUGCUCUCAUCCUGUCCUACACUGGACUGUCCACUAUCCAUGACCAGCUGCCCCACAGCAGGAGUUUCACCUCCCACCUGCUGCGGGUGAUACACAACUUCUCCAUGGGGAGUGCCCAGAAAAGACACAAGCUCCGAGUCUAUCGGUUCUAG